UUACAGAAAAGAAAAAAAAAGAAAAAAAAUAAAUAGUAUACUUAUUCCAUCCUCAAAUAUCCUGCACGUUGUUCAUCUGAUACUUUUUUUCUUUCUUUCCAGGAAACCAUAUUUCCGCUUAUGACCAAUUCAUCCAAUCUAAGAAAAAUUUCAAGAUUUUUUCUUUCAAUUCAAAGUUCAGUCUCUUCAAAACCUUGUGCCGCCUCCGUCGAACCUCUAAAAUUCCAUCAAUUUGUUGUGUUACAUUGAGCCCUAAAAUCCCAUCAGUUCCCGAUAUCUCGAACCCUAAAACAACAUUGAUGUGUUGUGUGACCUUCUCCUAAUACUUAGUCAAACAAAGACAACACUCCCAAAGUAGCUGCUCGUAGCUUCAAUUGCACCGCAAUCACAGUUUCGAAGGAAAACACAGGUAUUUCUUCAAAACUUAACCAUACUAGAAUUGAUAUUUUUUUGUUAUUAUAACUAAUAUGAGAGUUAGAUGUUCGAUGAAAUGCCUCAUAUAGACCAGUUGUUAAUUCUUCAAGAUGACUGUGAUCUUUUUUCAAUGUCAUAGUUUACUGAAAGAGAGUGUGUGGUUGAUAGAAACAGAAUUGUAUCUAGUGAAAAAUAGGUUAGUUUCAUUAACGAAUUUAUAGUAGCUUUUGAUCUCGCCUGUGCCAGAAGUUGAAUCGGAACUGUAGCCGUUGAAUUUAUCCACAAAGAAGAGAAAAUUUUGUAGUUUCACGAUCCUCUUGAAACGACAAUUCUGAAAUCAAAUUUCACGAGUCAAUAGCAGUCGCUGCUCGCUAGUGUCCGAAACAGAACUCAUCAUUGACCCAAUCACACUCCCUUCCCAGAAAUCAACACCAAUUCAAUUUUAACACUCAACAAACCUACCUCAAUCUAACUAACAUGAAGUUGCGUUCUCGGAAUCGCACCCCAAGGUUUAUCUCUCUCUCUGUUAUGUAUAAGUUUUGUAAUCUAAAUUAUCAUCUGUUACGGGUUAUUACCGCAAAUGUAAAAUAUUUCAAGUCUCACUAUGUGUUUAGAUGUAAAUAUGGAUCCAUGAAUUUCAACAAAGAACAGCUUAAUGACGACUUCUGUGACUGCCCCGAUGGAACCGGUACAUCAGCGUUUUCACAUGGGAAAUUUUACUGUCAGAAAGCUGGGCAUGCUCCUGUGUAUCUCAGUUUUCAUCUAGAGUCAAUAAUGGAAUUUGCGAGAAUUGCGGUCAAUUGCCAUGGAUGUCGCGCGGUCACAGAUCUUUGUUUAAAUGUAAUAAUGUUAUUAAAAAAACAUACCUUGGAUAGCUUAAUUAGCUAUACUACACAUUUAUAGAUUCUUUUGUUUGGAGAACUCUUAUAUAUCUUGAAAGUGUUUUGAAUUUUAUGUUCUUGAGUGAUUGACCAUAAAGGUGAAUUAAGGUAUCAUUCAAGUUGAAAGUGUUGAUACAGAGUCAAGACUGAGUCCUGGGAGUCAAGAGUAAAUGUAGGUGAAUUAAGGUAACAUAGAUUGUGAAAAUUUUCUUUCAUAUGGAUUUUAAAAUUGUAUAGUGGUCAAAUUAUGGUCAAUUAAGAAGUCAAUAGAAUAUUUUAGUUUCGGUUCAUUAAUAGAGAUAGUAGAAACAGUCUCUUUUUCUCUUUAGAUUUGUAUAUUUUUCCUUUGCAUAGGUUUUGAGAAAUUAUUGUACUCCAAUCAAUAAACGGAUUUAUGUGAUUUGAUGUUUCUUGUGUA